CUCAUACUCAGAGUUUGGAGUUGCUACGAGUGCGAAGAAGGUAGUGAAAAACAUAGAUUUUCUCUGGCUUUAUUGUGCCACGCUUCUGCCUGCUUUUAUAGCUCGAUGGGAAAUGCAUCCAUGCAUCCGUUAACUCUUCUCGUCGGGAUCGGUUUCCACGAAGACGCCAAAUCGAUCGGCAAAGUUGAGAAGUAGCGCACUCUCUUCUGAAGUUUUUCCAAGACCUGCAACGCGAAUUCCCAGUUUACUAUUCAACGAGCCAGCCAUCAUGGCGAGGCGGCCACGGAAGGGAUCUGCGAUUUUAACUGGAAAUGCGCCGUCGCUGUGGAAUAGGUGGUCUUUACUACAUUGGAAUAACUCACAAGUUGUUACGUGGAGCUUUAUUGUUGUUCUGAGUCUUUUUUGUUGUGGGAUUUGUGGUGCCGAAACGGAUUUUUCAAUCAUGGAUGAAGCCCAAGUUUUGGCUGUACAAAUUAAGAAACUAUCCACACAGGAGCUAGGAGUCUUUACCAUGCAGAGAAUUUUUGACUCCUUUGUGUAUAGUGAGAAGACUUCAAACGGAGAGACGGAGGUGCAGCAGCUGGCCAAGAAGAUUCGUGAGAAGUUCAACCGCUACCUGGACGUGGUGAACAGGAACAAGCAGGUGGUGGAGGCCUCAUAUACGGCCCACCUCACCUCACCCCUCACCGCCAUCCAGGACUGCUGCGCCAUACCCCCCUCCAUGAUGGACUUUGAUGGCAAUUUCAAUACGAAUGUCUCCAAGACCAUUUGUUGCGACCGGCUAUCGCCAACAGUCAGCAGCCGGGCAUUCAAUCCAGGAAGAGACCUCAAUUCAGUAUUGGCAGACAACCUGAAGUCCAACCCUGGCAUCAAGUGGCAGUACUUCAGUUCGGAGGAGGGAAUAUUCACCGUGUUUCCAGCCCACAAGUUCCACUGCAAGGGUUCCUACGAGCAUCGCAGCAGGCCGGUGUAUGUGACAGCGGUGCGUCCUCAGUCCAAGCACAUCGUGGUAGUGGUGGACCACGGGGCGUCGGUGACGGAGACGCAGCUCCAGAUCGCACGAGACGCAGCCCUCGUCAUCCUCAACGCCAUCGAUGAACACGAUAAGAUCUCCAUCUUGUCGGUGGCUGACGCGGUGCGCUUCUGCGUGCUGGACCAGUGCUACAAGAGCUUCCUGUCGCCGGCCACCAGCGAGACCAAGAGGAAGAUGACCACCUUCAUCAGCAACAUCAAGGCCUCCGACAGCCCUACGCAGCACGCCGCAGGCUUCCAGAAGGCCUUUCAGCUGCUACGCAACACCACCAACGCCAUCAAGCACCACAGAACCACGGACAUGGUUAUCAUCUACCUGUCCUCGGGGCUGACGUCGCGGGACGGCUCGGAGCAGGAGAAGAGGGCCACGCUCAGCAUGGUGAAGGAGGAGAAUCGCCACCUCAACAACUCUGUCAUGAUCCUCACCUACGCCCUCAUGAACGAGGGCGUGACGGGGCUGAAGGAGCUGGCCUUCCUGCGGGACCUGGCGGAGCAGAACUCUGUGAAGUACGGCUUCCCCGACCGCUCCAGCCAGCCGGUGGUGAAGGGCAGCAUGAUGGUGCUGAACCAGCUGAGCAACCUGGAGACCAGCGUGGGCCGCUUCUACAUCAACCUGCCCAACCGCAUGAUCGACCAGGCCACCUUCAGCCUGCCCUACGCAGACCAGAUGGGAGACGGCUUCAUCAUGACGGUAAGCCGUCCAUGCUACUUUGGCAACCUGCUGCUGGGUGUGGUGGGGGUGGAUGUGAACCUGGCCUACAUCCUGGAGGACGUCACAUACUACCAGGACUCACUGGCCUCCUACACCUUCCUUAUCGACAACAAAGGCUACACACUAAUGCAUCCUUCGCUAAGCCGGCCUUACCUGAUGACGGAGGCACCGCUGCACACGGACAUCACUCACUACGAGAACAUUCCCAGCUUCCCUGCCGUGCGACAGAACAUUCUCAGUUUGCCUCUUGGCAGCCAGGUCAUCGCUGUGCCAGUCAACUCCUCACUCUCCUGGCAUAUGAACCGCCUCCGAGACACCAGCAAGGAUGUCUACAACGUCAGCUACGCCUGGAAGCUGGUCCAGGACACCUCCUUCAUCCUGUGCAUCGUGUACGUGCAGCCUGAGGUGUCCGUGCGGCAGCUGAAGAACAUGAACAUGGCGGCCAGCAGCAAGCUGCUCUACCACCGCCUGGACCUGCUGGGACAGCCCAGCUCCUGCCUGCACUUCAAGCAGCUCGCCACCGUCGAGUCCCCUACGGUCAUGUUGUCUGCUGGGAGUUUCUCCUCUCCCUAUGAGCACCUGAGUCAGCCGGAGACCAAGCGCAUGGUGGAGCACUACACCGCCUACCUGAGCGACAACACACGCCUCAUAGCCAACCCUGGACUCAAGUCUUCUGUCAGGAACGAGGUAAUGGCUACCAGUCACGUCACCGAUGAAUGGAUGACCCUCAUGGAGAUGAGCAGCCUCAACUGCUACAUUGUGCGCCGUUACAUAGCAACGCCCAAUGGGGUGCUGCGGAUUUACCCGGGCUCGCUCAUGGAUAAAGCCUUCGACCCGACCAGGAGACAAUGGUACCUGCAUGCAGUGGCGAACCCUGGCCUGAUCACCUUCACAGGCCCCUACCUGGACAUUGGAGGAGCAGGAUAUGUGGUCACCAUCAGCCACACCAUACACGCCUCCAGCUCCAAGAAGGCCCCUGGCUCUGCGGUGGCGGUGAUGGGCAUCGACUUCACCCUGCGCUACUUCUACAAGGUCCUCCUGGACCUCCUGCCCAUCUGCAAUCAGGACAAGGGCAACAAGAUCCGGUGUUUCAUCAUGGAAGACAGGGGGUACCUGGUAGCUCACCCCACCCUCAUCGACCCCAAAGGACACGCCCCAGCAGAGCAACAACACAUCACGCACAAGGAGCCUCUGGUAGCCAAUGACAUCCUGAAUCACCCCAACUUUGUGAAGAAGAACCUUUGCAACAGCUUCAGUGACCGCACAGUGCAGCGCUUCUACAAGUUCAACACCAGCAUUGUGGGUGACCUGACCAACCUGGUGCAUGGCAGCCACUGCUCCAAGUACCGCCUGACCCGUAUCCCUGGCACCAACGCCUUUGCGGGCAUCGUCAACGAGACCUGCGACUCCCUGGCCUUCUGUGCCUGUAGCACUGUGGACCGCCUCUGCCUCAACUGCCACAGGAUGGAGCAGAAUGAGUGUGAAUGCCCAUGUGAGUGCCCCCUGGAGGUGAACGAGUGCACUGGCAAUCUCACGAACGCAGAGAACAGGAACCCCAGCUGUGAGGUGCACCAGGAGCCCCUGUCCCUCACCGUCAUCGAGGCCAGCCUGCAGGACGCCCUGCCCCAAUGCAUCAACACACGCUGCAGCCAGCGAUACACCAGCAGUGACUGCUUUGGUGUGCUGGACUGCGAAUGGUGUAUGGUGGACAGUGAUGGCAAGACCCACCUGGACAAGCCCUACUGUGCCCUGCAGAAGGAGUGCUUUGGGGGCAUCGUCGGAGCCAAGAGCCCCUAUGUGGAUGGGAUGGGCAUCCUCGAUGAGGACGUGGCCUCCAUCAACAUGAUAAAGAGCGCCCCCGUGGGGCCGGUGGCGGGGGGCAUCAUGGGCUGCAUCAUGGUGCUGGUGCUGGCCGUCUACGCCUACCGCCACCAGAUCCACCGCCGCUCCCACCAGCACAUGUCACCACUGGCCGCGCAAGAGAUGUCUGUGAGGAUGUCAAACCUGGACAACGAGAGGGAUGAGAGGGACGAUGACAGCCAUGAAGAUCGAGGCAUAAUCAGCAACACACGCUUCAUCGCGGCAGUCAUCGAGAGGCACACACACAGCCCAGAGAGGCGGAGGAGAUACUGGGGACGCUCGGGGACCGAGAGUGACCAUGGUUACAGCACCAUGAGUCCUCAGGAGGACAGCGAGAACCCGCCCUGCAACAACGACCCGCUUUCGGCCGGCGUGGACGUGGGCAACCACGACGACGACCUGGAGCUGGACACGCCGCCGCAGACGGCCGCGCUGCUCAGCCACAAGUUCCACCCCUACCGCUACCCGCCGUCCUCCUCCUCCACGUCGCACCACCACCACCACCAGCUCACGCACACACACACGCACACGCACCACCUGCAGGCUGCCGUCACUGUGCACAGCGUGGAUGCCGAGUGCUGAUCCAGAGUCAGUUUUACACACACUCACACUUGACUUUUAACCCCAAACUAACACACACACACACACAAACACACACAACUAUGAAAGACAGCCUCAGCCCCUGCCCUCUCAUCUGAACAUCCAUCAAACUAGACAGCAUGGAGAUUGAUGAUUCGACGGACAACUUGAGGUGGACGAGCGAGCAAGGCAGGGCAGGAGACAUAACUGUCUCCCUCGCCUUCCCUUUCCUUGCCUCACUCCAUCAGCAGUGCCCAGUCCUGCUGACAAGUGGGAGCAAAAUGGGUCUGUUGUCUGGGGAGAGCGGGGGCCCAGAUCAGGUGCCCACUAUAUCGUAUGUAUUGAGAGACUUUUGGAUGAUUUUGUCCUGGACCUGGAGAAAGCCGUCAUCGGCUCUGACAGUGCCCCUCCUGUGUCUUUAUUCCCGAGCAGGGGAGGCAGGUGUUGGACUAAGACGAAUCACGACCCGAGGAUUGUUGUUGUUGUUGUUUUAGUGGUAUGGUGGCCGGCUGCGGACUUGUACAAAAAGCAAAACAAAUUGUAUACGUAAAGUGUCUGAGAUUUUUUUUAAAGGACUAAUGGACAACAAAAAAAUUAGAAGAUCAGAGGAUUAUUUUUCUACUAUUUAUUUAACUGAACUGAAGUGCGAGUGUCCUUUUCAGAGGAUAAUGGACACACACAAACUCCUGGGGACACUCCGCAAAGACCGGAAAGAGUGUCACCUAAAAGACCCCAACAAGACUGCAGGCUGCUGUUCCUGCUUGCGUAGUUGGACAAAAGCUCACCCACCCCGUGGGCAUCGGAAAAGACGAUGAACGGACACACACACACACACACACACACACACACACACACACACACACACACACACACACACACACACACACACACACACACACACACACACACACACACACACACACACACACACAACAAACACUGUGCUCUCCUUGUUGAUUUGCCACUUCCACUGUGAUCAAUGUUUUUCAAAAAAUCGGACAAGGGAGCGAAACCUCAGUCUUGUGCAAAUGAACUUGGCCCAAGGUACCGUGUACAAAGAGAUGAAAGGAUAUUCCAAAGGCCUUUGCCGCCCACCCGUCUGUGUGCAUGGGCGCAUACAAGCUGUUUGCAAGUUGUUGUCGUCCUGAACCGACGCCUGACGAUGAUGCCCGGUCUAAUAAACAUUGGGGUUGUUGUCAUUUGCCUUUGGAGGAGAAAAUUAGGGAGACAUCAUGGACUCCAGCUCACUGCUGAGGCCUUUUCUGUGUAUGAGGUCACUCGACUUGUAAGCUCUGACCGAGGGACUAAUACCAAUAAGACUUAUGGCUGCCAUCGCCUGCCAAUAAGCCGCCUCUGUAAUCUGUCUGCAUUACCCGCCUGUGUGUGUGUGUGUGUGGGUGUGUGUUUGCGUGCACGCGUGUGUGUGCGUGUGUGUGUGCGUGUGUGUUUGUUGUGUGUGUGUGUGUGUGUGUUUGUGCGUGCGUGCGUGCACAGGUGCCUGUUAAUGUGUGUUUGUGUACAUCUAUGUGUGUGUUUUUGCGUGAGUGCGUGUGUGUAUGUCACACAAACCAAGCAUUUGUUAGAAUGUGUGACUGUGCUGUGAGAGUGUGUGUACUGUAUGCGCAGGGCAAAUGAGGGUGAUGUGUAAAGAAAAGCCAGUGGCAAUAUUUUCAAAUGGGUGUGGACGAGAGUGGUCAUAUUCAGAUGUACACAGCCACAGAGAUGAAGCUUCAGCUCUACUGAGUGACACCACACGCUUAUUUUGAAAUUAUAAUUAGAUAGAUGAUGGGCGGAAAAGCCUGUUUUCUCUCACUGUCAACAACACACACACACACACACACACACACACACACACACACACACACACACACACACACACACACACACACACACACACACACACACACACACACACACACACACACACACACACACACACGACUCAUCCAAGAGUGAUUCUGGCUCCACUUGUACCACUUUGCAGUAGUGUUCAUAGAAGUGUGGAAGAAUACUUUGUAUGGCCUUUUAAAGUUUUCAUCACAUCACUGCAGAAUGUGUGUAUAUACAUCUAAAAGUCUAACAGAUUACUAUGACACGUGUUGUAAACUUCCCAAACCUUGCAUUUUGUUUUGAAAGUGCAUUUUAUUAUUAUUUUUGUAUUAUUAUUUUUUUCAAAUGAGACCAGCAAUCAUUUUAAAUGUGUUCUUUUUUCGUGGGAAGACAAAACAUUUUGUGUGCAGACAUAGACAUUUUCGAAUUGUAUUCCUUGUCAUCCUAGAUGGGGGUGCUUGAUAAUGCUACAUUGAGCCCUCAUGAAGGCUGGGGUCUGUCCGUCUUUCUGUCUGUGUGAAAGCCAUGUCUGUCUCGUGAACAGAUUGAGGGUGGAGAUUUAAAGACCCUUUUUUCUGCAAAAUGUCUUCCUGAUCAGAAGACAUUUUUUUUACCUCUUUUCCACUGCUGUUUUUCUUGUAGGCCUACAGCUCGACACAGCACGACUCGACCGCCACUUUUUCCUUUUCGAAGAGGCAGCUCAUUCGUAAAGCAAAAAGUGGCGGCCGAGUCACGCUGUCGAGCUGUAGGGCUACCAGAAAGCCGGCAGUGGAAAAGAGGCAUUUUGUGUCCGUUCACAUCUGUUGCUGCUGCCAACACCUAACCUACAUAACCACCACUGAGAUUACAGAUGUUUUAUUUUUCAAAGAGACUUUUAACGAAUCCUCCCCCCUUUCCUCCAGAGAGAUCAGUACCAGUAUUUACCAGCUGUUGUUUUUUGAACAAUCAUAAUCUUGUGUAUACUGACCCUAUGAAUUGUGUUGUACCUGAAGGAAAUGUUAAAUGUGUAUACAUCAUUCCUUUUUUAUUUCCCCUUAUAUAACAUUGUAAAGAUAUGAAAUGGAGAUUUAUUGCAAAGUGAAUGUGAUAAAAGGUCCACUCUCGA